ACCGCCAAUCAAAACCAAAGAAGAUGAAAACUGUUAGCUUCGUGGCUACUUAACAGCUGCUGGUCUUAUGUUGUUAUUCCUAGACAGGACACCGGAAAGCGACCUUAAAUAACACUAAACUCCACUAGAAACCGGUAAACAGUCGUCGGAGCGUCUGAGUUUCCGUGUCGGGCCGUCUCCAUGGCUCUGCAAGGCCCAGAGGAGCUGGGGGAGCAGGUCGAGGAGCCGGAGGACCUGGACGACCAGGACGCUAGCAGCAUCUCCCCGGCCGAAGAGAUAACGCUGCCGGCCUGGCCCGGAGGCGACGAAGAGCCGGAGGAAGCUCUCUUGCUCCCGUGGGAUCGUUUCUCCACCUGGCUGCACUGCAUCUGUGUGGUGGGCUUCGACCUGGAGCUGGGGCAGGCGGUGGAGGUUAUAUAUCCUCACCACUCCAAACUAUCAGAGAAAGAGAAAACCAGCAUCUGCUACCUUUCAUUUCCUGACUCCAACUCAGGUUGCCUUGGGGACACCCAGUUCUGCUUCCGCUUUCGUCAGGGUUCCAACAGGAAGUCAUCACUUGGAUGUUUCCUGGAAACCACCGACCGGGAUGCUCCGCCUUGUCUGAAGAGGGAACAGGGUCAUUACUAUGGUUACGUGUACUUCCGUCAGGUGCGAGACAAAUCUCUGAAGAGAGGAUACUUCCAGAAGUCUCUGGUCCUCAUCAGUAAGCUGCCCUAUGUGACCUUCUACCACUCACUGUUGAAGAUUUUGGCUCCAGAGUACUUUGAGAAACAGGAGCCCUGUCUGGAGGCUGCUUGUAAUGACAUCGACCGUUGGCCCACGCCCCAACCAGGACGAAUCCUCACGCUGCCUAUUAUGGGUGUAGUAAUCAAGGUUCGAAUCCCAACCAGUUACGAUAAACCAGGAACCUCACAGCUGGUCCAGUCCACACAAAGUGACAGUCUGGUGUCCAUUGUGCUCCCAACCAUCCAUGAGGUUGAUCUGUUCAGGUGUUUCUAUCCAGUCUUCUUCCACAUCCAGAUGCUGUGGGAGCUAGUGUUGUUAGGGGAAGCCCUUGUUGUCAUGGCGCCAUCACCAGCAGAGUCAUCUGACACCGUUCUGGCUCUCGUCAGCUGUAUCUCUCCUUUGCGCUACUGCAGUGACUUCCGGCCAUAUUUCACCAUCCACGACAGUGAGUUUAAGGAGUAUACGACCAGAACACAGGCUCCGCCAUCUGUUAUUCUGGGAGUGACCAAUCCAUUCUUUGCAAAAACAUUGCAGCACUGGCCACAUAUCAUCCGCAUCGGAGACAUGAAGCAGACAGGAGAAAUGGCCAAGCAGAUGAAAGUCAAGAAACUGAAAAACCUCAAAACUCUGGACUCGAAACCAGGUGUGUACACUGCAUAUAAACCAUACCUGAACAAAGAUGAAGACAUCAUCAAACAGCUUCAGAAGGGUGUUCAACAGAAGAGACCAUCAGCAGCUCAAAAUGCAAUUCUCCGACGCUACUUCUUAGAACUAACUCAGAGCUUCAUCAUUCCUCUGGAGCGAUACUUAGCCAGUUUGAUGCCUCUGCAGAAGUCCAUCAGUCCAUGGAAAAGUCCUCCUCAGCUGCGGCCAUUCAUCCAGCAAGACUUCAUGAAGACAUUAGAGAAAGCUGGACCUCAGCUCACGUCCAGACUGAAGGGAGACUGGAUAGGAUUGUAUAGACAUUUUCUCAAGUCACCCAACUUUGAUGGCUGGUUCCGGAACAGGAGGAGAGAAAUGACACAAAAACUUGAGGCCCUGCACCUUGAGGCGCUCUGUGAGGAGGAUCUACAGCAGAGGAUCCAGAAGCACACAGAAGUGGAGGCAGUUGAUCUGGUUCUGAAGCUGAAGGAUAAACUGAGUCAGGCGGAGAAGGAGCAGAUGCCGGUUCGUCCUGGGACUUUGGCCAAACUACGAGCUCACAUUGAGGCUGUCAUCCUGGCUUUACCUGAGGACCUGCAGGGCAUCCUCCACAAACCCUCCACCCCUGACCUUUAGCCCCUCCCCCUGUGGCUGGUUUUAACAUUCAGGGGGACUAGGUUCGUGAGGGGGGCGGUGUACUGCCUCAGGAGUGCUGUGCUAUGACAUGGAGAACACAUCUAUUGGAGGAAACGAGCCAAUCAGAACUGAGGAAAAGAAGGAUGGAAAGGAUUAUCAGAAUCUUUGUGUUAAAGGAAAUAAGCAUUUGUUGUUGCUCUAGAGCCAAGAGCCAGAAAAGGAGCCCGGCUGAACUCUGACCCUAAGCAUUUUAAACUUUUUACUUGUUGAACCACUGCUGUCUGGCAGAACUGACUGAGAUUUUCAUUCAUUUUUAACAAGUGUGUUUUUUGUUUUUUUUUUUAAAAGUGCACUUCAUCACUGUCACACCCAGACUGAGUGGAGCAGUGCUUUAUUUUUAAAUCCAACUAAACAACAACAGCAUUAAACACCAGCGACCCCUGUCCUCAGGAGACCCCUCCCCCCAUGUACAUCACCUGUCUGUAGCCCAGGACAUCUGACAACAUCCAAAUGACAAAACACCUGAUGUAUGACACAAGUCAGUUUGAUCGUUUUUAUUUUUAGCUGUAGUGAUGAGAUGACAUACAACUGCUGCACACUGAAUAUACGGAAGAUUAUUUCUGCCAUAAAACGAAUGAGAAAUAGUAAUGGUAAAUUAAAAUCAUGAAAGACAGGCACAAAAUAAUUAACAUAUUUUUUGUCUUUUGUGGGAUAUUCCUUUUCAGCCUCCUCAAUUGAGAAGGUCUGAACUAUUUAAUUUCAAUUAAAUGUGUCCAAUUUAAAGAAUAUUUAGUUUCUAAUCCUUACACUACAGUAUCAUUUAAACAGAAACACUGAUUGGAUUUAAAGCAAUGCCAGUGCCUUACGAAGCAAAAAAAAACAAGCAGAACCAAAGAGUUGCUGUGUUUAUGAAAUCUGUCUUGGCUGAUGAUGAAUGACUCCAUUAUUGGUGAGAACAACCCAGCAAUAGGCCUGUAACGCAAGUGUCAAAUCAAUCUGACCUGAAGUAGCUUUGAUUUUAAAUGUAACAUACUGUAGGAUGAAUUCACUGCUUGUAUUUAUUAAAAUAAAAGGAGGCAAUAAAACCUGAUGGUAUUAAAGGCAGAGUUGUAUGACUGGGACACUGAAGCAUUGUUGUGAGUGUGACUUGUGAGUGCGACAAGCAACAUAGCUGAAUGAAAUAGACAGCUUUUUGAAAUCUUGAUAUUAAAAUUGAAUAUUAAAAAAACAAACCUCCAGCACCUGAAGGGUUAAUACUCAGGCCUUUAGCUUCUGUUCAGUCCUGCGUGCACAUCUGAAUAACUGUUCAUACCUAUUUCAGUUUUUAAUACCAGUUCAAGCUUUUUUUCUUUUUUUUUUAACAGAUACAAAAACAAAAAACAGAACAAACAAGUCAAAGGUUCACAAACAUCACAUUAUUUAAACAAACACAAUUUUUACACAUAAUGGUUUACUAAUUUGUCUCGCAGGUUAAAUAAACGCACGAUUUUUCCCAGUGUUCUUCCCCCAGUAAUUUCUGCAAUUGUGUUGUGUAGGUCAUCUGUUGUAGUAAAUCAAGAUGUUUUACAAUAUUGGUUAAGACAGUCAUCAAUGGACAUUGUCUCUUAAGCCAGUAUUUUGUAAUGGUCUUUGUACUCGCUUGCAAGACCUUGAGGAGGUAACCAUCAUUCUUACUAAGACCAUCAGGUCCAUGACCAAGAAACAGGAAAGUGGAUGACGUGCUGAUUUUAAAACUCUAAACCUUAGAGAUGAUUUUAGAUACUUCCUUCCAGUAAGUCUGGAUAGAGGAAAUACUAGUUCAAGUUUGAGAAGAGACAAACAUUUCAAAUGGACUAAAAUUACAAUAUUAACCACUAUGUGAUAUUUUGACCAAAUAGUGCAGCCACAAUGUGUGGCAUUAGACUAUGUCCCUAAAUCCAACUCUAGUGUGAUCAGAUUUGAUUUUCACACACUAUAUGUCUUCUCUCUAACCUCAGACACAGUGGCUGCUUCCUUUCAUGCUGACCUGAGUGUAUUUAUAAAGUCCCUUUGUGAACUGAAUUCUUUGUGCAUUUAAAGAUGUGGACACAGUUUUAAGAUGGAGUGUUUGCUGUUCAUUUUUUAAUACACUUACAAAUACAAAGAGUACUUUUUAAGACCAUUCUUUGUGUUUUGUUGUUUUUUUUAUGACAUAUAUGAUGAUUGAAUCAUCUGAUUGAUGGAUAGUUGUCCACAUGGAUCAGAUCAGUCAGAAUGGAUGUUAAUGCAGGUCUGAACAGGACUGUAGAUUUUUUGCCGAUUGAGUUCUUCCCUCCACAAGUAAAAAAAAAACUUUUGUAAAUUUAUUUGAGAUGCAUAACAUUAACAAUUGGGCCAUAUGCCACCAUUUAUCAUCUCGUAAUAACACAAUGGGCUGAAGAGCUAUAUAAUGAUGCUUUCAAGCCCAUUUAGAUCAACUGAGGCUACAGAGAGGCUCUGCUUUGAACAAAAGUCAACAUUCAAUUGUUAAAUUCAGUGACAGAUGUGUAUAUACCACACAAAACCUUGUGCUAGAUUAAAAUUUACAAGCAUUUCCAUACACUUCACAACCUUUAACAUAAUGGAAACAAUACAGUUUGAACAGGUACGUAUUUAUUCUGAGUUUUCUUGACUGUAAAUUACAUUAGGAAGGGUUCUGUUUUUUUUUUUUGUUUUGUUUUGUUUUUUUUACUAACUGUGAUUUGUUAACCGCUGCUGUGGUGAAUUUGACUGUACACACUCCACUGUCAGUAGAUGUUUUAGUUGGUGGGUGUCAUGAAAGCAAAGAUGCCCAGUUUCCAGUUUUGUUUUGUUUUUUUUGCUUUUUAAGUUUUGAUCUCAAAAUCAGGCACUAUUUAUUGUUUUUCUCAUGAUGGUGGGUUCAUCAAUCUACUUUUUUCUGAUAAAACAGCAGAUUUUUAAAAUGAGAGAUGUUCUCACAAGAACAACCUUUGUUUGCUCAACAUAAUUAUAGAGAAGCCAGAAUGAGUGUGAUUUUGGCUUUGUGAUUACGUUGAUCAAUAACAUGCACUUAAUCAGACAUUUUCAGGUCCAAUCAGCUCUCAAAACACCAUGUCUGCUUCCAUGACGUGCGAAAAACACUUGGAAGAAAUAAGAAAGCGGUGAAAAAUGAUCAGUUUAUCUCAAUAUAAUAUGCUUUGUAAUACUGAGAUAAUGAUAUAAUGAACCUAUUAUUAUUAUUAUAGCUGUCUUAUAUUGAAUAACUAGAUAAUAAACCUGCUAUUAUUUAUAAAAAAAAAAAAAAAAGAAAAGAAAAGCAACUCAUCUUCUCAAUACGGAAACAAUUAACCCUGUCACACUAAAACAAGUUUUGGACAAUAACAAAUACUUAACUCAUUAUUGCGUGAAAACAGACUUUGUAAACUCUAACUCGCAUCCGUUUUCUGCAUCUGUGUGUCGUCUAACUCAUCAUAACUUGUUUUACAAAUGCUCUGGAAUUUGCCUUUUUUGUGAAAUAUUGUAAAGACAAAUGGUUGGUAAAACCUGUGACAUCUGGUUGUUGGGCAACCUUUUAUUUGUA